UAUAUAAGGCAAAGGUGAAACCCUAAGAAUCUUCAACUCAAAGCUAGCUAUGGCAUCAAGUACUGUUAUUCCACCAGCUGUGUGCAAUAGCACAACACUCAAAACUCCCUUUACUUCAACCACCAAGUCUUCUUCUUUAGCUUCCACUCCAAAACCCUCUCAACUUUUCCUCCGUGGAAAACGUAACCAUAGCUUCAAAGUGUCAUGCAAGGUCUCCAAUGGUGAUGAAAACCAAAGUGUUGAUAGGAGAAAUGUGCUUCUAGGUUUAGGAGGUUUAUAUGGUGCUGCUAAUGUUGUACCAUUGGCUUCAGCCACUCCCAUUCCAGCCCCUACUACUUCAUGUAGCAAGAAUGGUGCCACAAUUAAACCCGGUGUACCGGUACCUUAUUCUUGUUGUCCCCCUCCGCUAAAAAUUGAUCCUAAGGAUAUUCCUUAUUACAAGUUUCCAACAGGGUCGAAGCUCCGUAUUCGACCAGCUUCUCAUGCCGUGGACGAAGAGUACAUGGCUAAGUACAACUUAGCCAUUACUAAAAUGAAGGAGCUCGAUGUUACUGAUCCAGAUGAUCCACGUGGGUUCACGGCGCAAGCCAAAAUCCACUGUGCUUAUUGCAACGGUGCAUACACCGUUGCUGGCAAAGAGCUACAAAUUCACUUCUCAUGGCUUUUUUUCCCAUUCCAUAGAUGGUACUUGUACUUCUAUGAGAGAAUCCUGGGUUCUUUAAUCAAUGAUCCUACUUUUGGUUUGCCAUAUUGGAACUGGGAUCAUCCAAAGGGCAUGCGUUUGCCACACAUGUUUGAUCAACCAAAUGUGUACCCUGAUCUUUACGAUCCAAGACGUAACCAAGAGCACCGUGGUUCGGUAAUCAUGGACCUUGGUCAUUUUGGUCAAGACGUGAAAGGAACUGACUUACAAAUGAUGAGUAAUAACCUUACUCUAAUGUAUCGUCAAAUGAUUACCAAUUCACCAUGUCCACAACUCUUUUUUGGUAAGCCAUAUUGUACGGAGGUUGGACCCAAACCAGGUCAGGGAGCUAUUGAAAACAUCCCCCAUACUCCUGUCCACAUUUGGGUUGGUAGUAAGCCUAAUGAGAAUAACUGUAAAAAUGGUGAGGAUAUGGGAAAUUUCUAUUCAGCUGGUAAGGAUCCUGCUUUCUAUAGUCACCAUGCAAAUGUAGAUCGCAUGUGGACAAUAUGGAAAACAUUAGGAGGAAAACGCAAGGACAUCAACAAGCCAGAUUAUUUGAACACUGAGUUCUUCUUCUACGACGAGAAGAAAAACCCUUAUCUCGUGAAAGUCCGUGACUGUUUGGACAAUAAGAAAAUGGGAUAUGAUUUCCAAGCAAUGCCAACCCCAUGGCGCAAUUUUAAGCCAUUGAAGAAGAGCAAGAGCAAGGUCAAUGCACGUUCAGUUCCUGCAGCUACCCAAACAUUCCCUAUUGCAAAGAUUGACAAACCCAUAACAUUUUCCAUCAAAAGGGAAACUUCAGGCAGGACUCAGCAGGAGAAAGACGCAAAAGAGGAGAUGUUAACUUUCUUGGAACUCAACAUCGAUCAGCGAAAGCACAUAAGGUUUGAUGUGUUCAUUAACGCAGAUGCAAACUCCAACUGGCAUGAGCUAGACAGGGCAGAGUUUGCAGGAAGUUACACUGCCUUGCCUCAUGUUCAUUCAGAUCCCAGUAAACCACAUGUCGCCCCUGUUGCAAAAUUCCAGCUGGCCAUUACCGAGUUGCUCGAGGACAUUGGCCUUGAAGAUGAAGAUGAUAUAGUGGUGACUUUGGUCCCGAAAACUGGGGGCGAAUUUGUCGCCAUUAAAUCUGCUGCGAUUACACUUGAAGCUUGCUGAUGAUUGUCUGCUCAAGUUUUCUUGUUGUGUCUUGGUCACCUGCAUUUCAUUUUAAUUCCGUGUUAUUUGUGUUGAAAUCAGCUUGACGUUAAUGUCAUUACAAUUGUUAUUCAGGAAUAAAUCAGUACUGUAUUUGGUGUUAGAAUCA